AUGUCCAGGAGGUGGAAACCUUCGGUAACAUUAAUUGCUACUGGCAUAAUUGUUCCUGACUUGCACUUUGGGCCUUUUUUAAGAAACUGGUGGCAUGUUAGAAUAUUGCAAGAGAAUGGAACAAAAAUUGAACAAUACUACCCCUUUCGAGUUGGAAUGAAAAUACAAGUUGAGCUGAAAAACAGACUUUUUAUUAUUCGAGUUGUUCAAGGAAACAAACAUAAUAAUUUAUUACCAGGAUUUUUAUCAUUGAUGAUGGGUAUAGAAGACAAUAAUAUUUUAGAUGAACUUGUGUCAGACUUAUCCUUUCAACCUUUCAUGAUAAGUAUACAACAACAAAUCAAAAAAAUCAAUAUAAUGAUAUAUUCAAUUGGUAUGCCAGCAAAACAAGGAGCCGGAUGUGGAUUUACUUCAUCUUUUAUCUAUUUCAAAUCUAAAGAAUGUGCUUUAUUUUUUCAAACUGUCAAUGAAAAUAGAUAUUCCAUUCGUAUUUACAAAGAAAACCAAUUUUCAGAAGAAUUUCAUGGGUUAGAUCCUAAUAGCGUGUGGAAAAAAAUAGAUAUAUUAAAAGAGUGGUCAGGAGUAACUUUAUUCAGCUUAGAUAAUUCUAGUGUAAAAAAAAAACUAGAACAAGUUUCUUCACAUACAAUUCACAAUGCAAAAAUACAUGGACGCGUAUUUGGUCAUAGAUGUUCAGCUGUACCUAAACCACCAAUGCGAAAAAAAAUUAUGCCUCAAGAGCAUAAAGAUCAAUUUGAAUAG